GGAGUUCCGUGCACGUGCUCUUUGUUUUGGUGAUCCAGGGCUUUCGCGCGCCGCCCCCGGCCCUCUCGCGCCUGGAGCGCAGGCGCUAGAGAGGGUGGGAGGUCGGGGCCCCCCAGCUGCGGGUCUCCGAGUACUACCUUCCCUUCAGCCCUCCUCUCCUCCUCCCCGCCCCAGCCAGUCCCCUCCCCUCCCCGCGCUCUCUAGGGGAGGGAGGGCGGAGAGGUAGGUGGGUGGGCAGUGUGCGCCUGCGCGGAACCCCGCGGUCCGGUCCUGAGCAGGAGCGGCUCCGGGGUGGCUGGCGGUUGCCGUGGGGACCCGGGCCGCGCCCCUCCUUCCCCGCCCACCCCACUCCACCCCACCAGUUCCUCGCGCUCCCCAGCCCGGGUCAGACCUUGCUCUAGCUGACUGACCCCCGCUCCUCCCCUCUCCUUCACCCGCCCCCCCGGCCCCCGAGCUGCAGCCGGAGACCGGGGGAAGAGGCGGCGCCCGCUUCCCAAGAUGUCGCAGACGGCCAUGUCCGAGACCUACGAUUUUUUAUUUAAGUUCCUGGUGAUUGGAAAUGCAGGAACUGGCAAAUCGUGCUUACUUCAUCAGUUUAUUGAAAAGAAAUUCAAAGAUGAUUCAAAUCAUACUAUAGGUGUGGAGUUUGGUUCAAAGAUAAUAAAUGUAGGUGGUAAAUAUGUAAAAUUACAGAUAUGGGAUACAGCAGGACAAGAACGAUUCAGAUCUGUAACAAGAAGUUACUAUAGAGGUGCAGCAGGAGCUCUAUUAGUCUAUGACAUUACCAGCCGAGAAACCUAUAAUGCACUUACUAAUUGGUUGACAGAUGCAAGGAUGCUAGCAAGUCAAAACAUUGUCAUAAUACUCUGUGGGAACAAAAAAGAUCUGGAUGCAGAUCGUGAAGUUACUUUCUUAGAAGCUUCUAGGUUUGCCCAAGAAAAUGAACUUAUGUUUUUGGAAACAAGCGCAUUAACAGGGGAGAAUGUAGAAGAAGCCUUUGUUCAGUGUGCAAGAAAAAUACUCAAUAAAAUUGAAUCAGGUGAACUGGAUCCAGAAAGAAUGGGCUCAGGUAUUCAAUAUGGAGAUGCUGCCUUAAGACAGCUCAGAUCACCACGUCGCGCACAAGCCCAAAGUGCUCAAGAGUGUGGCUGUUAAAAUUUUGGACACUAUAAACCUAAGCUCUAUAUACAAAUGAUAUUUGAGAAGCAACUGAUGAAGCUUCGAGGUUCUGCCGUUUUUAUCACGAUCUUUCCACUCUGUGUCUGAAGUAGACCAUUGCUGGGGGAAAAAUAAAAGUACUUCAAGGUGUUAUGCAAGAUAGUCAAUAUGGCACAGCAGAUUAUAUAAUAAAUCUAAUUCAAUGGACAAUACAAUUAGAUGUAUACAUAGAUGUAAAAAUUUUCUGUUCCACAUUUUCCCUUUCACUUUUCAUUUAAACAUUGCUGUAUCCUGCCUGUAUAUACUGUAGUGCAGUAAGUUUCCAAAGCAUGGUAUAUAUGAUGUACGAUAGAAUAGAAUGUUGCACUAAAUGCAGUUUAAUUUUUUUAAUCAUAUGAACUAAAAUUUGUUAAUUGUGAGGAGUGCUUUUUAUCAUCAUGUUUGUGUUGUAUUGCACAUUUGGUUAUAUUUAUGACCUGAAAUUCAAAGCCACUGGCAUUGAUGAUCAGUGCAUUUCCUAUUUAAUUUUUUUUUUUGCCACAUGCUACACAAUGUUUACGUGAUUUACACUUGAAAUACAACGAGGUCAUUACUUUAAAGUUCACUAAUAUAAGAAAAUAAAAUUGGAAAAUAAUUUUUCCAUUGAAAAUGCACCUAUACAGGUUUCUGCUGGUUUUUGAAGUAUUUUCCACACUUAGCCAAAUAUACGAAACAAAAAUAUUAUAUGCUCCUUUGAAAAAAUUCUUUUGACCUUGGAUCUUCAGAACUCUUGAUUUAUGGUUCCAGGCUGUUCUUUUUUCCAUCUACCUUGAUGACUAGAAUCUGGAUCAUUUACUUGGUUUGGAGGUUUGUUUGUUUAAUCAACAUCAUAGCAUCAAUGUCCCUACUCUGUUAUAUUGUUAUUUCAUGACUAUUCUUUCAAAAACUAUUACAUUGGGCUAAUUUAAAGAAAUUUUUAGAUAGUUUCCCCAGAAACUAUCCAUUCUUCUAGUUUAUUUCUCAAAUGGCAUGCAUUUAAAAAUUAUAGUAAUGGUGUAUGAUGAGUUAUCUCUUUAUCUCAGGUAUGAGUCAAAACUACAUGAUACAAACAUACAUGAGUUCAAGCUGUCUAAGAUGCCUUAUUGCAAUUAUCACAUUUCUGUGAUUUUUAAUUCACAUAGCAUUAUCAAAGUGUAAAUUAUAUUUUCAAUUUCAAAAAAUUGUUCUAACAUUUUAAUAUACCAUUACUUUAAAGGAAUCUAUCUGUGCAUAUAUGCUUAUAUAGAUAUAUAUUCAGUGGAAUGUUUCUUUAUAGUUAAAUGCAAUAUUAUUUAAAUCUGAUACUAAAAGUACAAACAGUAUUCUUCAUCUUAUAUAUUUCUUGUUCUUUCCUUCUCUGGUGACUUUUCCUUCUUGUAAGUGAUUAAUAGGAACAACUCAGUUCAUCUCACUUGAUCUUUCAUUAAAAGCCACCCACUGUGCUGAUUCACUAAUGAGCUGAGAUAGAGGAUGAGGCUAAACAAAUGAAUGGUGAUUUUGGUGAAGGAGUCAGUGUGUAUUUGUUUUAGUUAGUGCCUUCCGUAUCUUAUUUUGAAAAAUCCACAUGCUGAAUGAGAUUCUCAAUUUAAUAUUUUUCUUCACAAUUUAAGAAAAUACAUUUCACUCAAAAUAUUCUUUUCCUUUAACCGUUCACUUUUGAAUGAUCUGUUAACUUGGAUUCAUUAAUUUUUAGGUAGCUUUUUUGCAUGGAAUUAUACAUGUAUUUGACAAGAUCUUAUGUCAACAUGAAAAAAAAAAGCCAACCAAGAGCUUUUAAUUUUGAUUAAACUUAAAACUUUGAGGUGGAAAGUAGAUUGACUGUAUUGCUAACCCAUGGCUACUAUGUGCCUCUUUGCAACAAUGAAAGUUUCUGGCAAACUAAGCUAGGGUGAUUUUCACUAAGGACUCUUGCUUCUGGGAAGUAGGAGUAGGAGAGAGAAAUUGUUCUGAGUUCCUUAUUCUAGUAACCAAAUACUGAUUAUGAAACUAUCAAGAAGCAUUUGGGUUUUUUUUAGCCCCUUUGGAUUAUUUGAAUGGUAGGAGAAUUGAAAUUUUAGAAUACUUGCUAGGAAAAAAAAUUCUGAGGUCUGUUUGAAUUAGGAUUGUGGAUUAAUUUUUAAAAUUUACUUCUUCAUUGGUAAAAUAAAAGAAUAUUAAUAUAGGAAUCUUGUAGUUUUGCUUCCAAGAAGUAUGUAGUUGUCACAGAGGAUAUAUUUAGACUCUUAGAAAUCUAGGUAAGGAAACCAAUAUUUUUAUACAGGGGUAUUCCAGCAUUUAGAUGCCGGAAUUAGAAACUCAGAUGAUUUAUUUCAUACUGCAAUAUACGGCAUCUAUUUUCUGCCUAGUUCAAAAGAUUCAUAUGAAUUCUGGACUCAUUCUGUACCAAUAAGUAUCUUUUUGCUAAUGUAACUAUUCUCAUACACACAGCUGUACAUUCUCCUUGGUUACUCUGUAACUCUAAACAUUGGAUUAACAUCUAGCAAAGGAAUUCAUCCAAACAAUGGUCCUGCCACAGUUACAGUGAGGGGGAUGUGGCUGAGUUUCUAAGCUCUCAACAUCCUCCCUCUAAGGUUUAUUGAUACUGCUUAUUGAUAUAAAGUCACCUAGAUAGGAAUUUUUUCUAAUGCAAUCAUUACAAAGCUAAGAACUAAAAUACUUCCUCCUCCCUUAUCUUGCUAUUAUAAAAGACUGAUAUUUUCGGUCUUUGAACUGAAAAAAAUUCUUUUUAAAAAGUAUACAGUAUCCAUAUUGCUGGCCCAAUAAUUAAAUAGUAUCAUGUUUCAUGGAAACCUACGUGGUUCAAAUGUUUUGUAUUUAAGGCAUUUACAUUUUUAGUGAAUGCCAUUUUUGCCUAAAGAGACUUUUCCCCUAACUCCUGUAUAAUAAGUAGUAUUCUUAAUUGUUAGAAUGUUUUCAUGUGUCUCCUGUCUGUUGUAAUUACUGUAUAUUUUUAUUUAUAAAGAUAUUUUGUAAUGGUAUGCAUAUAUCUUGAACAUGUGCUUAUUUAGCCAGUUGAAGGCAAGAGUUCAGUCACAUCAUAUUAGAUUCACAAAAAUAUUUGUUCAGAUUCUACGAUUGCCACUGUGUAGGUACUCAGUUUGUCAGGCUUUCAAGGCCAUAAAUAUUCCUUUCCUUUAUUCUGACCUACACUAAAACAUGCCAUGUUUAUUUCAAUCCUAGAGAGCUUUAUGAAUUUUGAAUAGUAUUGAAACAGCCAUCCAUGUAUUUUGUUCUUCUGAGCACUGGCCCCAAUGCAGGAAAAACACUGAAAGAAUAGCUGAGUCCUUUUAAGAGGCAUCUUACAUUUAUCCACUGAGUAAAAAAAAAAAAAAAAAAAAAAAAAAGUCUUCUGAAGACUAAGGCUGCAAAGGCAGCACAAAAAAGCCACAUUUCACUGAAAUAACAGUCUCCUUUUGUUAACUUCAACUUAUCUUCCUUCCACAAAUUGUUUAAGGUUUUGAGAAAUAAGCUUCAAAAUAAGCCUAGUAUGUUCAAUUAGGAGGUCUUAGGAAGAGAAGGGGAGGGAAAAUGAAGUUGUUAAUCCAAUCAGUUAAGUGCUCCAAAUAUUCUGUGAAGUUCGACCCAUUUAUGGGUUUGAUUCUUCACUUCACAAUUUCCAUACCGUCAUUUAGAGAGAACUGAUGAAAUAAAAAAAUUAAAUCUGCUUAUAGCGCUAAAUAAAUCAUUUUCAAAAGUA